AUCUCCGUCUGACAAGGAUCAGCUUUCAUCAUGCGUCUCGUAACAAGCUUGUUGUUAAUUCUCUGUUCUGACGGAGUAUACUCCUUUUUCCCCAGCAGACUGUCAAGUGUCGACAUAGGAGAUGGAACAUGGACUCAUGCAGACAUUACAGAGAUGGGGAUUCUGAAGGCUGUAGCCGCCUACUUUGAGGCCAACCCGAGACCCAACACCACCCUUGCAGCUGGAGAUCUGACGCAGAUGAAAAAUAUGACAACGAGGAAACUGUUCCAAGCCUACUACGGAGAAGAAGUGUCAGAAUCCCGUUUUCGGGAAACUAUUAACAGCAUCAUCAAUGCCAAUAACCAGGUGAAUCUGGAUCAGUUCCGGACGGCGGCGUGGCACUGUAACGGGGAGACAAUCAAGGAAGCAAACCAGAAGAUGACGAAUCUAAGAGAACAGGCCAUCUUCGUUUUGUCACAAAACAAUACCAACUUUGACAUGGCCAGGAUUUUGAUUGGUCAGUUUCUGCACAUCAUGCAAAUGUUCUACAGUAACACAAACUGGGUUGAGUUCAAAGGAGCUGUUCCAUACUACUCCCUCGGUAAGUCUCACUUUCAGUUAUUGCGACACCACGACUUGGCCCAACAAUUAUUUAUAACGCCGCGUGUCAUUGAGACAUUUGAUCACCACGUGAACAUCAGAUUACAGGUUAUGCAUGACUUUAAACCAGGAA